AUGUUAUUGAAAACUAUUACUCCGAUAGUUCUUUUAGCAUCCACCGUUUUUGGUGAAGAUACCACCACUUACCAAUCAACUAUCACCAUCACCAAGACCUUAUUGACCCCUGAGCAAUCUACGUCACUUGCCUCCCUUUCAGCUGCUUCUGUUGCUUCAGUCUCAGCUGCUUCAGUCGCUAGUGUUUCCAACGCUUCAGUUCAAUCUGCUGCUGCUGCUGCCUCAUCUGCUUCAGCUGCUUCCGCUUCCGCUGCUUCUGCUUCCGCUGCUUCUGCUGCUUCUGUUGCUUCUGCUUCAGCUGCUUCCGCUUCUGCCGCUUCCGCUGCCUCAGCAGCCUCCGUUGCUUCGGUUUCUUCAGCUUCUGCUGCUUCAGCUUCUUCAGCUUUGGCUGGUUUCAGAGGUGUUGCCGCUGUCGCUUCAGUAGUUAACCAAACCAACACCAGUACCGUUGCUUCUUCUACUCACCACAGUAGCUUGGGUUACAAUGCUUCCACCAGUAUCACCAGCGUACACGCUUCCUCCACUGACUUAUCUACCACCGCUGGAAGUUCUUCUGCAACUUCAUCAGCUGCUGCCUCUUCUACUUCAAGUAAGGCCGCUGCUGCAGGUUUGUUCAUUGGUAAUGGUGCUGUCGUUGGUACUCUUGCCCUUAUGGCUGCUGCUCUUUUGUGA